AUGGAGGUCCUGGAAAGGUGGCUGAGCAGCAAAGUGGAGGAGCUGAGAAGGUGCCCAGAUGAAGACGAGAAAAAGACCCUGAGACUCCGCUUCACGAAGUUCCUGGAUCUUGCGGAUGGAAAGAUCGAGAAGCAGGAGCCGGUCUCGGAGAAGACUGGCAUUGUCAAGGCCUCUGAGUGGGAGGUUUUGCGGGAUGGCAGCCGCAGAGCAGCAGCUUCAGUGGGCAUGCCAAUAAGGCCGCGACAGUUCCUGGACUUGCCCCUGGAAAAUGCUGUGGAGAUCGAAGACUCAGUGCCAGACUUGAUGUCACAGACCAGUGGGUACAGGCUUCUGCUACGUACCGAAGAAGUGUGGAAAUUGCUGGCACUGCGAACCCAGUACUGCAACUGGUACACCCGACUGAGCGAAGGGAACACGAAGGACAUCGCCACCGAUUGGCAGAUCGACUUCUGGAUCCACCUGGUUCGGCCCCAGAGUUACAAGGGCCAAAAAAACCUGGAGACCUCCGUGAGGAUCAACUUCGAAGGUAUGACCUUCUUGGGUUUCUUCUUCACAGCUGGCAGCUCUCUGCAGGGGCGAUCUUGCAAGCCUGAGCUGCAGAAGUCCACGCUGCGAACUCUGGAACUUUUCCUUGAGACUUUUGUACCUGGCGACAUCACCUUGCAGCUGCUCCCCCAGGUGGCUGCAAGCGCCAUGGCUGCAAACCGCCGUGACACGGGCGACCGUGAACCUCGAGCAAUGGACCCGGACCCUCCAGUUCUUGGGCUGGUUCGGGAGGUGGUCCAAAUGCAGAGCAUUUCCUUCACAUGUCCAGAAGCUCCAAGCAGGCAGCUAGGCUCCAUCAUCAGUGUGGACGGCCGUACGCUCCAACGGGAAGCCAAGCCGAAGUCCAUCUUCGCUUUGCAGCGAUUCCUGGCCAAGCCUGCCGGGUUCAUGAACAGAUCCGACGACAACACGCUCGAGAGCUUGGGCCUGUCGGAGAUCCUUGUGUCUCAUGCUCACAGGCUGAGCUGCGAUGUUCUUUUCCACUUCUGGAACAAAAGCUUCGAUCAGCUUAGUCGGGUGGUUGUAGAAAAGCAGAACUGCAAGAGUGUCCUCCUGAUGUCUGAUGCCUCUCCCAAAGGGAAGCUGGAUGACUCUCGGCUGGAUUUCCUGCAUGGUCUGGUGCCCCAUUCUCUUUGCCGGCGACCUGGCCGUGCUGGGCCCCUUGCAAAAGAUGUCGGCACUUUUGCCGAGCACACCGUGAGCGACACGGUGAAGAUGAAGGAAGCCCAACGAGUGGCCGACAACUUCGCAGCCCAGUCUGUAGAGCCGAACCCGGGGAGAAACAAGAAAUUGCCAAAGGUCCUCGGCCUCAUCAGACAACGACGUCUCGCUGCGAGGGAGGAAGUGCAGGCUGUCAUGCACAUACUCAGUCUUGCAGGCCUCGACUUCCGGCUGUCCGAAAGGCAGCUGAGGCCCCCAGACCUGAGGAAUGGCGAGAUCCGCCUGACGGAUGCAUCUUUGGGGCCGAUGCUGUGGCACACGGAGUCAGGGGCGGUCCAAUGGGACGCAGUCCUUCCUGAGGACCUUCAGGAGCUUCGGCUGGUGUUGGCCCCGGAUGAGGGGGGGCCCUUAUGGGCCGGGUUCCAAUGGCUCGCCAAGAGGGGAUACCGCAUCAGUUUUCUGCCGGAUCUUAUGCACAAGCUUCAGAACAGCUAUCUUCGCCUGCUGAAGUGCACGCCGUCCGUGAAAAGAAUGUACACGCUUACAUCUUGGCUCAUGCGAGCCAAGCGGGCCACCGAGGACGAUUCCUUGAUGCAGUUGUUUGGGCCCAGCAUCCUGAAGGAGAACGGGUUCCCUGCCGAUUUGGGAAGUCGCGAGUCUUUCGAGAAAGUUUGCGAGAUUCUGGGAAAUGCGACAAGGUCUGUGGCUUCCCUCUUCGACCGAGGGAGGUGGAUCAGUUGGGGACACGCCGCCCGCAAGUUCAAGAGAAGCUACUCGUGCACGCUCUUGAUGGUGUACUGGGGUCAGGAGGGUGUCAACCCCUUCGGGGGCACCGACGGAGCGAAACAGACCGGCGACUCCGGCGAACAGUACGACAAGAUCGUCGAUCUGUGUAUCAGAGCCCUUGUCGACGAGAGCUCCCACGACCUCUACAGAUCCUUGGAAUUCCACUCCCGCCCCUGGUGCGACCUCGGCAUCCAGAUCGAGUCCUUCGACGGCAAGGUCGCACGACAUGUUCGGGAAGCCUUGGGCUCUGAAGCUGCUUCGUAUCUGGACGCCCCACCCGAUGUGGAGCUGCGAGACAACGGCUUGGUGGAGGUCGUCAGUCGCCGUGGCUACGUCAAGCAGAGGCUUCUGGAAGACCACUUGACGGCCACCCUCGCCUGCUGCUUCGAGCUCGAGAGCUACGCCAGACACCUCAGAAUGGCACCGCACGCCUGUGCCAGUCUCUUGGCCUCGGGCACCACUGGCGAGAGCCUCUUGCCAACACAGACAAACUUGCUUGAGGCCGUCAAGGCCGAAUGGAGCUUGGUGGUGCGAAUGGAGGGCAAGGUGGCGACCGCCGACCUCUUGCAUCAGCUCUGCCCCUACGUGCUGCACCAGUGCUAUAGGGAGCUCAUGUCCAGCUUGGCUGCUGCGGACUUCUGCCUGACUGCGGAAUGCCGUGAGAUGGUCUCUGCUUGGUAUCCCGGUCUCUCGCAGUCGUCCAAUGUCGAGGACGUGUUCAAGUCGUGCGAGGAGGCCUGCCGUCGCACGAAAGCUGGAGCGGCGAGCAUGCCGAACUUGUCCAUCGUCGCGAUGAGGGCCUUGAUGCAGAAAAUGACAAACGGCGAAGGCCAAGCUCGAUCUGUGGUGCUGGAGGGUUCUGAUUUUGAAGGCCCAGAGGUGAAAGCACUCAAGUCAAAGCUGUUCUCCCCGGAGAGCUUUACCGGCGGACUCCUGGAAAGAAAAGAGAUGUCCCUGGAUGACCUCUUGAAGGACAACACCGGCACGACUGCCUUCAACCACAACAAGCUCCACCUCAACAACAUGCAGGGACUUCUGCUGGCCGACAAGAUGGGCAUCGAUGUGGAGGUUGCCGCCAGAUCGUUCUGGGUGCCUCCGCUUUGCCAACGUGGCAUGCUGUUCAGUCUUGAGAAGGGGGGCAAGUACUUCCUUUCUGUCGGCUCCACCCCAGCUGUUUGCCAUGCAUCCUGCCUGCAAGACGCACUGCCCCUGCAAGAGCUGGACUUGCAGUUCUGUGGAGAGCUGCCGCCCGAGACGCUGAAUGAGCAGGAGGUGCCCACUUCGAGCCGGGAGCAGCAGGAUCCUUUGCAGACCAACGAGUUUGUCAGGGCUCUGAAGGUUGAGGUGAACGAGAAGCCCUUGCAGUUGCUCCUCACGAAGUUCUGGCAGGCUGCCUGGAAAAAAGUGCGAGUCUUCAACUACUCGGUGCACCUCAGCCCGGAUGGCUAUCUUCUGCGACGGUGCCAGAACGACCUGCCUCUGGUGGCAGCUCUGAUGAAAUCCGGAGGGAUUCUGAGUCUGACUUCAGAUGCUCUUUCACGCGUCUUGGAUGAAGCAGGGUCAAGUCUCAGAAAGAGCGCCACAAAGACUCAGAAGAUCCGUGCCGUUUGCUCCUUGGCUGUCGUGAAACAGCACGUGAAGCAGAGCCGCAUCGAUGAGAUUCUGGAGCAUUGCCAGCAGCUGGAUGACAAGCGACUGCAGAAGAUCGAUGCCGCUGCCGCCGAUGCCGAAGACGAUGAGGAGGAGCAGCCGGAUGACGAG